CCAAAGGAAGAUUCAGACACACACACACACACACAAUCCAGGUGGGAGUAGAAAGAGAGAGAGAACUCUGUGAGACAAGGAGCAUCUCAGUAACUAAAAGAUAUGGCCUCUGCUCCUGCAUCAUCCAGUGAGACCUGCUCACUGGACAAGCAUCUAACAUGCUCCAUCUGCAUGGAUACAUUUGAGGAUCCUGUCACUACAGCUUGUGGCCACUCAUUCUGCAAGAAAUGUCUGAACUUCAACUUUAGGUACAACGACAGGGUGUGCCCCCUAUGCAAGAAUCCUCUGAGCAGAGUCCCAGAUGUGAACAUCAUCCUGAGAGAUAUUGUCCAACAGUAUAAGGAGAAAAAGAAUGAUUUGUACACUGGGAAGGACGGCGAGGUGGCCUGUGACAUUUGCACAGAACAAAAGCUGAAGGCAAAGAAGUCCUGCCUCGUGUGUCUUGCCUCAUAUUGUAAGACCCACUUGAAGAAUCAUUCUUCAACUGAAAGACUGAAAGGCCACAAGUUAGUGGCACCUGUGAAGAACUUGGAUGACAGGGCCUGUCUGAAGCAUGGACGUCCCUUGGAGCUGUACAGCAGGAAGCGGCAGAGAUGCAUUUGUGCUCUCUGCCUGGAAGAAGGUCUGGAGGAGGUCGUCUCUACUGAAGACGAAUGGGAGAAGAAACAGGUUGAACUUGAAAACGCCAAGACAGAAUUAGAAGCAAAAAUUAAGAGGAAGAAAUCACAGGUGAAUGAGAUUAAUACAUCGCUGAAGAGCUGCAAGGACCAGCUUGAAAAUGAGUGGUGGGAAAUUGAGGCUGUGUUCACAGCUGUGCUCGCCAUUGUGGAGGAAGCCCAGGAACAAGCUCUUCGGCCACUGAAGGACAGAAGGCAGGUUGUGGAGAAGGAGGCAGAAGACCUCAAAAAAGGGCUAGAAGCAGAGAUCAGCAGCCUCAGGAAGACCAUCUCUGAGCUGGAUGAUAUAUCACCACUUGAGGAUCAUAUCCAUUUCCUGCAGAGCUACCCAUCUCUUCAAGACCUGGAUGAUGUCAAAGACUGGGCAGAGGUGAAGUUUGACACGUCACUGUCUUUUGGGACCAUGAGAAAAAUCACAGCAAUUAUGAUGGAGAAAAUUCAACAGAAGCUGGAGGAGCUGACCUCCACUGAAAUUAAGAGAGUUCAAAAGUUUACAGUGGAUGUAAAGCUGGAUCCAACCACUGCACAUCAACGCCUCGUUCUUUCUGAUGAUGGGAAGGAAGUGAAAGAUGGAGGGGAGGAUCGGGAAGUUGACGAUACACCACAGAGGUUUGACAUGUUUGGAAGUGUCCUCGGGCGCAACAGCUUGACCUCUGGGAAAUCAUACUGGGAGGUGGAGGUUGGCAACAAGACUGGGUGGGACCUGGGUAUCACAAGAGGUGACGCAAACCGCAAGGGGAAACUCUCGCUGAAUCCAGACAAUGGUUACUGGGUGACUGUACAUUAUGAGGAGGAAAAGUUCGCAGCUUUGACAACACCACCAAUUCGUCUUUCCUUGGAAGAGAAACCAGAGAAGGUGGGGGUGUUUGUGGAUUACGAGGAAGGUAUUGUCUCUUUCUACAAUGUGACGGCUCAGUCUCACAUCUACUCUUUUACUGACUGUUUGUUCAGAGAUGAGCUUUUCCCAUAUUUGAGUCCACAUGUAAAACAAGAUGAUAAAAAUGGCAAUCCUUUGAUUAUUUCUGCUGUGAAACAAUGUGCUUGAGACAUGGAUGAAUCAUGAGGAGUGUGUGUGGUUGGGUUGGGUAUCACAUAUUGGCAGUCCAAAAGGUGGAGGGGGGAUUUGUGGUGAGUCCUGAAAGGAUGUUUUAUGGGCAUUAACAGUAAAGAAAAGCAAAGUAGAGGUGACAGUUUUCCAUUGCAUCUGUCAUUUACUGCAUCAGGACAGAGAUAUGCCAUUAACUGUCAGCAAAUUAUAAAUGUCUACUGUGUUUGAUCAUGAUAAAACUUGUUUGUGUUUGUGUGUGUGUGUGUGUGUGUUUGUUUUAGUCUAUGUACAAUAUAACAUUAUUCAUGUGCUAUAAUUACAAUUUGCUUAUUUUUAAGUAUCAAACUCAAAACGAAAUAAAAUCUCAAAGUUUAAUAAAACAUGUUUUAUAUCUAGAAUUAUAUUUAUCACUGUGACUUUAAUUCACCACUUGCAUGUGUGUAAUUAUAUUUCCCACUGAUGUGAUUUUGAGAAAAAUAACAGAAAUCAGUACUUUUAAAGCUUUUGAUCCAAAAACUGAAACUGAUACUUACAGCUAGGAUUUACUGUCAGUCCACUGAUCAAACUGGUCUAACAUUGAGCAAUCGACAGGUUUGUAAAUAUAAAAUCCUGACUAAUGCGCCGGCAAAACCUCUUGCUUUAAUAUCUGUGUGAACUUGCUCAACAUGCAACAUGAGGGAAUGAGUGGCUUGGCUUUUGAACAGAAAUGAAACUUAACACAGGGAGGAACGCCCAAAGGAAGGACUCAGACAGACAGACACACACACACACACACACACACAAUCCAGGUGGAAGUACAGAGGAAGAGACAGAAGCCUGUGAGAUAAGGAGCAUUUCAGUAUC